AUGAAGUCGACAAGAUACGCAACGUCUCGGCAAAAGGCCUGCCAGCAGUGCUCAGUUGCCAAGGCAAAAUGCGACCGUCGAGAGAGAUGCUGUUCACGAUGUGCCCAACGAGGCCUGUCUUGUGUCUAUGUCAACACCACAGGCGGGUCGAUUCCCUUCAGCAGUUUCGCGCGCAGUUCCGGCGGUCCUCUGCUGAGUCCUGAGCGCGACGAUGUGUCGACUCCAACGCAAGGGACUCCACAAGAUCCGCCGACGCCUUCAAUCCACCCAGCCCUGGCUGAUAACAGCUCCAUCAUUGAGUUCUCACCAACUAUACCUGCAGCUGCUCCUACAAGACUCCAAUUGUCUGUUGCGCAGCCCCCAAGUCCUUUAUUCUCAGCACCAGCGCUGCAGCCAGAUAUCCUCGAGUUUUCCAAUCUCGAUCUCGUCUGUCCAAUUAACGCUCAAGAGAUCAGCAACCGCUGGCUCAAUGCAUACAUUCCCAUCCCUGGCCAAAGCGUCAAAAACUACCCACCUACAGUGUCCGCAUUCAUCUACCGCAUCUUGAAGUCGUAUACUGGGAUGGCCAUACACGGCCGCGGGUUCCCGCCAUUUGUACAUAGCUCUCAGUUGACGGGGCUGAGCCAACCACUUACUACUUGUCUCAGCAUCAUACGGAUAUGCGAUAGACCAUUACCAGGCAGUGAGAACGCGACGGCAGAGAUUCUACAGAGAGAGAUGAAUAACCUCUAUGAACAGCGUGAGACUUUUGAUGACCUUUCGCUUCUCGGCUCGUUUCAGGCUUUUCUCAUGUACACAAUGGUCUUAUUCUUUAAGCUCAGUCAAGGCACCAGCCCAUUUCUUCGCCAAGCCAUGAUGAAUCUACAAGAGCUGGCAUGCGUGACAUCUCGCCGAGGGCUAAUGUGCUUAUCCGAGCAGCAGCGCACACGCCCCAAAUGGGAGAGCUGGAUUAUAGCCGAAGCUAAACGGCGAACGCUCUAUACCAUGUAUCUUUUCGAUAGUGUUCUUUCGUCUGAAGACGGCCUGCCGACAUUUCUCGGCACCGAGCUGGAGGGAUUGCCCGCCGCGGCCAGCAGAGACCUCUGGGUUGCUCAGACACGACGGGACUGGGAAGCGGCUUAUAAUAUGCAUAUCGCAGAGUGGGCCGAGGGAAGCCUCUGCAUUGAUGAGCUGUGGCCCAUACCCGAGGGAUUGAGUGAGCCUCUCAUUGCGAAAAGGCGACACAGGGUGGAUAAUUGGUUGGAGAACUUGGAUGAAUUUGGGAUUAUGCUCUACACAGUAACGAGUUGUACGCAUGGAGGGCUAUCAAGUGCUGCGUCUACUACUACUGCUACUAUUACUGCUACUGCUACUGCUACUAUUACUGCUACUCCUACUACUGCUACUAUUACUGCUACUGCUACUGCUACUAUUACUGCUACUCCUACUGCUGCUGCUACUACUGCUACUACUGCUACUACUGCUACUACUGCUACUACUGCUACUACUGCUACUACUGCUACUACUGCUACUACUGCUACUACUGCUACUACUGCUACUACUGCUACUACUGCUACUACUGCUGCUUUUUUAGCUGGGGCGUUGGAUAUGAAACUGAGGUGCUGGAUAACUUCUCCCUAA